CCCGCGUGACGGCGUGAGGCCCGCUGCCAUUGGCUGCAGCCGCAGCAGUGACCCCCGCACGCACUCCGGAAGAGUUUGCGAGGAGGCGCGGGGCCGGUGUCCGUACGCGUGUCGGAGGCUCGGCGGACGCGGAGCGCAGGAGCCAUGUCGGACUUCAAGCUGGGGAUCGUGCGGCUCGGCCGGGCGGCCGGCAAGACUAAGUACACAUUAAUAGAUGAGCAAGACAUCCCACUGGUGGAGAAUUACACCUUUGAGGCUCGAAUGGAAAUUGAUGCUGAUGGAAAUGGUGCAAAAAUAUUUGCGUAUGCAUUUGACAUUAGCAAACGAAGAGGCUCUGGGCGUCCUCUGCACGAGCUGCUCUGGGAACGGCACAGAGGAGGGAUAGCGCCACGUUUCCAGGUGGUUCACAUCAAUGCGGUGACAGUGGACAAUCGACUGGACAACCUCAAGCUUGUCCCCAUAGGUUGGAGGCCAAAGGCAGAGGAGAUCUCCAGUAAACAGAGGGAACAGAGUCUAUAUUGGCUGGCUAUCCAACAGGUGCCUGCAGACCCCAUUGAGGAGCAAUUCCCCGAGUUGAAUCUCACUCGUUACUACAAUGCCAAUGGUGACAUUGUGGAAGAUGAAGAGGAUUCUUGCACAUAUUAUGAGUGUCAUUAUCCACCAUGCACUAUGAUGGAAAAACAGCUGCGCGAAUUCAACAUCUGUGGCCGGUGCCAGGUGGCACGAUACUGUGGCUCCCAGUGUCAGCAGAAAGACUGGCCAGCCCAUAAGAAGCAUUGUCAUGAGAAGAGGCGCCCACUGCAGCAGGAACUUGAGCCAGAGCGAUGACCCCUCCCUUGCCCUGCCCCUCCUCGCCCUCGCCCCGCAUGCUUUCGCCAUGGUUCAACAGUGGCGUCAGUUUUGUUUUGCACAAUUCAGACUGGACACAAAGUUCCAAAGGCACUGAGGAAGAACAAAAAAAAACAGAAUGGACUUGAGGAGGUCUCUGAGAAGAGGGGGGGCUGGGGCUUCUCUCCUAUGAUUGAUCGCUAAAGAAGACUAUGGAGUUCCUAGCUGGAAGCUUCUGUCUAUAUUUAUAUGUUGAUAUGUAUUUGAACAAAAUCUUAUGUACAGUUUUUUAUGUUGUAAAAUCUGAUCUGUUUGAAGUUCGGUGAUAACGUGUAGCUGAACAGAGUUACCUAAAAAAAACAAAUGCGAUUCGCUCCGGUAGCAUUAUGUGACUCUGGGACAGCUUGCUGCUAAUGCGAUUAUAUAGAAGAAAACAAAGACCCAGCUUACUGUGUGUUCCAGAGAUAACACUAACGCCAGGUCUCUGGAACUUGUUUACUUGGCGAGGGGGAAAAAAAUAACAAAUCGAAAGCAUUUUAGCCUUGUAUGGGGAAAGAGGACUAAUAGAUCCUAGUGACAGCUGCUGGAGUGAAUGGGUUUCACAACCAUCUUUGUGGCUUCAUCCUUGUAACCCAGUUUGAACACACUAUGCAGUCUGCCACUUGUCUUUGUGCUAGAGGUUAAGUUCAAUGUAGCACUGAUCAAACUCUGGGUGUGGUGCUGCUUUAAAAUCAGUAUUUUUUCAAGUCAAAUCAAACUAUUGGGGAACAUGAGAAUUAGAAAAGUUAUAUGCUCAUUCUUAAUUCAAGACCUACUCAAGGCACAUAGUUUUUAAGGACAUCAGGUUUGGAGUAAUGGUACAGGAAUCCACUUGUAGCGUGAAUUGCUUUUUAAAUGUGUAUGGUUCUGCUGGGAAGCCAUCUGGUAUUGGGCCAAAUUGUUGUCCAGCAUUGGUGAGAGGGUGAAAUUAAUAACUGCCCAUGACUCCGUCAUAUCUCAUGGGUAGCUGCCUUUUAAAUUGAAAUCCAACUCCGAGAUGGAAUUUGGUUCAGGUGCACAGUAUGAUUCCAUAUGUUUAGAUGUUACAUCACUGAUUUCUCCCACAGUCCUGUGCAGCUCUGUGAUUCCAUGGCCAAGUUCCUAAAUAUUGGGCAUAUGUUGUCAAAACUUUGGAUUUUACCCUAGUUUCCUACCUCCCUCUCCCUCCUCCUCUUCCCCCCCCCCCCCCCCCCCAAAAAAAAAGAAUGUAUGGCCCAGUUCACCUUAGCCAGCAGCCACAGGCAGUGCUGGGACAUGGCAUCUGCGAAUGUGACGUAUCCCCCAGCAGCCACAGGCAGUGCUGGGACAUGGCAUCUGCGAAUGUGACGUAUCCCUUUGGGAAAUCUACCAAGAAAACUGGAUGACAUGGGAGAUCACACAAUGCAGUUCCUGCUCAUUCUCCUCAUCACUGGGUAUUCAGUUCUGUUUGCUCCUUUCAGGACUGCAAGCAUACCUGAAGCCAGCUACAGUUUGAGUGUCAUUUUAAUGCAGCACAGAAAAUCCUAUUUAUCUUUGGACAUUUUUACAAGUGUUAAGUAUAUUUUUUUAAAUUAGUAAGUUAUUUUCAUUGGAGUCAGCAGACAGCUGGUAUCCAGUUUAAAAGCUGCUGGUUAUCCACUGUGCUUGAGAGCAUGAUGGUUUUGUGCAUGUCUCAGCUGGGUGGGUUCCACAUAGUAGGUGGUGGAUGGGUACACCUUGGAGGUCUUGCUCCCCUGUAGCCAUAAUUGUACACUCUAAGGAUUUUAAAAGUAAGAUUUGUUCAGUUAGUCCCAAAAUAUUUGCUCUCCAGUUAAUAGGGGCAAAACUUUAACUGUGGUCUGGAACUAGAUUACUUGAACAAAUCUCCUUCCCUUUUUGCUGUGAUUUUUUUCCUCUGGUUGGGAAGGGAGAUUAGUUUAAGUAUAUCAGACAAGCAGAGACCCAUGAACUAAUAUGAAAGCUGCUGUACCUGUGUGCAUGUUUUAAAUGGGUUGCUGUUACUGUAUUGUGCUGUUGCUGCGCCAAGCUUUGCUUUUUUUCGAUUGAAGCCCAGACUCGUGUUCUCCUUGUAAGAUUCAGAUACCUGUUUUAUGUACAAUGGGAUACUGUGGAUCUAAGCCAGUGCAAUCUCUUGCUACCCAACUUGCUGACUGGAAUAUCUUGAUGAUUUGCUGUUUAGGAAGUUUCAGGUGGAUGUUUAAUGCAGAUAAAGCUAGUAUAAUAUUUUUCCACUUGAUUUACUGCAGCUUCCUCCUCAUUAACAGGCGGGUUUAGCAUGGUACUCUCUCUAUCAAACAUUGAUUUUGCCACUUUUUAUGUACAAGUGCCCUGAGGAUGCACUAGUUUGGUUUUUGAAGUUGGAUUUGGUGACUUUUUAUAAUUUGUAUUUAAGCAAAGUGGCAGACAAUACGAUUUAGAUUGUAAUUUCCAGUCUCUUCCUCUUUAUGUAGAAUAUGUUUGGAAUCUAGCAAUAAUUUCCUUUCUUUGUAAACCAAAUUACAUUAUCAAUAUACAACUAACCAAACUAAUUUGUAUCUGGAUCCCAAGGAUAAUCUGUACUAUUUGACAGUGUAACCAAGAUGUGUCACUGCAACUAUUUAAUGGGGCUUGCCUAUCUUCUCCCUGAUGGCCAUUGAGUAGAAAUUGCCCCAGCUUUUGUGCAGCUGCAUGUCAAUAGUUGUGCAAAAUAGACUUUCUUUAACACUUCCUGCAAACUAAUUGAACUAAUGUGCUCUUGCUGCUUGGGGUAUUUCACACUAAUUGCAACUGCUGUGGUGUUUCAUUAGGUAAAAUUAUAUUUAAUAAUCAGAGGAUCCCAAGUUCUGAAGUUCACAAAAACACAAUCUUCAGGUAAUAUGGUCCCUUUUGGAUUUUAACUCCUCACAACAAAGUUCUGAAACUUAAUUGGAGUGUCAUUGUUUUGUAAGACAACUUGGUUUAAAUUAUGCCUAGUCCACUUAUUCCACUGAUUUCCUCUCUGCUAGUUAAUAGCUGUAUUGUGGAUCACACUGUCUUAGUGACACAGCUGACUCCAUCAAAUUGAGCUGUUCCCAGCACAGUUAGAUGGGAUUGUAUUCAAGUACAGCUAGACUGAUACGGAGCCCAGAAAUGCAAUGAUGCUGUUCCAAUUCUAAUUACUAUGUUGUGUGGUCAGCUGCAAAAAUGCAGCUCACUAGCCACUGCAGUGUUGCUGUGCCCUCAGUUUGUUUCAUGCACUGAAUACUGUUCCUUGCCUGUAUUUAAAAUUGUUAAAUAAAGCCGAAUCAAAUUUCUAA